GAGUCCAAAACCAUUUUCGUGUUGCUUCCUUCGUGUUUGCUAAUCACACACUCCCCGCGCGCCAAUUAUCGAAUCCAUCGCCAAUCCUUUGUCCCCAUCUCUCUCCUCUCUCUUCUCUGAAACCAUCAAAUGGACCAAAACCAAAACCCUAACUGAACCCAACCAAACACAGAGACCCACACACGCUUCAUCCUUCAAACAAUGUCACCCACUUGUCAUCAGCUAUUCAUAAAUUCACCUCCUCGUUUCACCCUUUACAUCACCACCUCUCUUCCCAAAACCCCCGCCCUUCUCUCUCUCCCAAUCACCUCUCGCCCACAUUUCCCAAUCUCAAACCACAGCCUUCCAAACCCUCACAAUUCAACCUCCCUCAGCUCCCAUCACUCUCGUCUCAGAGUAUACGAAUCCGAUGGCACUCUACAGUCAAACGACGUCGUCAACGGUGCUUUCAAUUUGGACUAUUUUCUUUCGGUUGCCGAGUUCUUGUGCCUUGCAUCGUCGGCACUCGUUUCGGUUGGUUUUGCAUUGAAUUGCGCUGUUUUGAGCUUAAAGAAGACGGCUUUAGUGGCAAUGGGGAACAACGUUUUGGCGUCUGGGGCUGUGGCUUUGGUAAUGGCGGUCGGAAUUGGGGCGUGGAUUCGGAUGCGGCAGUGGAGGCGGAUAUGUAGGGAGUCAGUGAAGGGUGGGCUGGAGGUGAAUUUGUUUGAGAGAAUUGAGAAGCUGGAGGAAGAUUUGAGGAGCUCGGCCACAAUCAUUCGGGUUUUGUCGAGGCAGCUUGAGAAGUUGGGGAUAAGGUUUCGGGUUACCCGCAAGGCUUUGAAGGAGCCCAUUGCUGAGACUGCAGCUUUGGCUCAAAAAAAUUCUGAGGCCACUCGAGCAUUAGCAGUGCAAGAAGACAAUCUGGAAAAGGAGCUUGGAGAAAUUCAAAAGGUUUUGUUGGCUAUGCAGGAGCAGCAGCAAAAACAACUUGAGCUGAUUCUUGCGAUUGCAACUUCUGGGAAGCUUCGGGAAAGUAGACAGGUACGUGAUCAAGAACAAAGUACCACUAUAAUACGUGAUUCAAGUGAGGAGGAUUCAAAACAGAAGGAAGCCCACCAAAUAUAGUAUUUGGACGGAAGCAAUGCAGACAACCAAGUAUUUGGGAGCUACUAAUCCUAAUGAAACCAUUUUUCCAACGUUGUUGUUGGCCACGAGUCAAAUAUGUGGAUUUCCUCUCAGACGGGUUCUGCUGCUGAUUAUCAACGCACCUGAAUCGUGGGGGCAUCACGGGCCUUCAACCAAGGGAAAAGUUUCAUAUGCUUUUUGGAUAUAUGCAGUGCUGGGUGGUAAAGGAUAAACAACAAAGAAAGAAUAAUUGUAAAACAGAAAUGCAACCAUUUGAGCAGCACAAUUGUACUAAUAAGGUAGGAGUGGAAUUUCUGCUCAUUCGUGUUUUGUAGUUAUGUGCGCAUCUGAUCUCUUGUCGCUAUUUAUAUAUUGAUGAUUUCCAGUAUCAUCUUGGUCUUAUGUAACUGACCUUGAAACUGGUAUUAAGAACAGAUAAGUGAUUCCCGCAAA